AUGGCCGCCAACAAGGGGGCCUGCACCAACCCGCCAUACGAGCUUCUCUACUGGCCCGGCAUCCCAGGUCGCGGCGAGUUCAUCCGCCUCGCCUUUGAAGCAGCGGGCGUGUCCUACAAAGACACAGCCAACGAGUCUGAAAAUGGCGUUAAAGAGGUAAUCGCCCUCAUCGACCCCUCGUCCACCGGCACGGACGGCAACCCACCGCUCUUCGCGCCCCCCGCACUACGCAUCCUGAGCGCCAGCCCCGGUGACGCAGCGCUCAUAAUCUACCAAACGCCCUCGAUCCUCUCCUACCUAGGCCCUAAGCUCUCACUCGCCGGGUCCAAUGAGGCAGAAGCACAGUGGAUCCUGUCCCACACGCUGACAGUGCUGGACCUCAACAACGAAGCGCACGACGUGCACCACCCGAUUGCCGUCGCGAAAUACUACGAGGAGCAGAAGGAGGAAGCGUUGAAGAAGGCAGCGGACUUCAGGGCGGUGCGGGUACCUAAGUUUCUGGGCUUUUUUGAACGCGUGUUGAAGGGUAACGAAGAGAAGGGGCAGGGCAAGUAUCUUGUGGGUGGGAAGCUGAGUUAUGCGGAUACGACGUUGUGGAAUGUACUGAGUGGUUUGCUGUUUGCGUUUCCCAAGGAGAUGGAGGCGAGGAAGAGCGACUACAAGUUGCUGUUUGGGACGUUCUACGAUAGCUUGAGGGAGACAAGUGGUGUGAAGGAAUACUUGGCGAGUGACAGAAGGAAGCCUUUCAACAUGGGUGUGUUCAGACACUACCCUGAGCUGGACCGUCAGUAG